CGCUGGCUCCGUGAGAGACGGGGCUUUGAAUGAGGAGGGUGUGUGAGUCUUCCGGGCGAGCCUACAAUACUACCGAAGCUUAAAUCGGGAGAGCCCUUCUCUUGGUCUCUGGUUAUCUCUCAAUACAUGAUUUUCCUCGUCAACUUCACUGUAAGCUGGCUAAAAGAAGGAGAUGCGCCGAGACAAACGUGGAUAUACAACGCCGACAUCGCAGGGGGAGGAAGACAUGUAAAGUGUCCUAAGCGGCACCUGAUACUGAUUGAACAAGCAUUAGGGAAUAACCUACCUCCUCAUACUACUACUCCGUUAUAUUUUCGCUCAUUUCCAGAGCGCAUUGUCUUUUCGCUCCUGGCAGGAUAUUAUUCAUGUGGAUAUAGUAGCCAGCCGAGUCCAGAAUGACUGAGGACAGCGGUGUUCAAAAAGAACUGCUUGAGAGCGUAAAGGAUGCGGUUGGGAGGAAGAUCAAGCUGGCCGUUAAGAAGAAGGUUAAGCUGGAGAUCAAAGGAGACAAGGUGGAGAACAGAGUCCUGGCUCUGGCUUCUCACCGGGUCUACAUCCUAACAGCACGGAUCCCCUCCAAGGUAGAGCAUUCUUUCAAUUAUCUAGAGAUCCAAGGAAUCACAUGCAAUAAGCCAACACAGUUGGCCAUCGAGUGUGAGAAGGGCCAGGUGUCGUUGCGGCUGGCCUCCACAGAGGAAGUGGACGAGGUGGUGGCCCAUAUAGGCAACUGCCUACGGAGGAUAUGCCCCGGCCUCUCGCCCCUGAGGGUGAUGAAGAAGUUAUCAAUGGAGCCCUCAGACAGACUCAACUCUCUACAGAACAUCUGGGACAAUCAAACCCUGCCAGAACCUGGACCCUGUGGUGGCUUUUCUCAGCAGUACCGAUGUGUGUGUGACUGGCUUGGCCUGCCACACAGAGAAGAGGUCCAGUGGGAUGUUGACACCAUCUAUCUGACCCAGGACACGCGGGAGCUCAACCUGCAGGACUUCAGUCACCUGGAGAACAGGGACCUGGUGGCCAUUAUUGCAGUCCUGGAGUUCAACCAGUGGUUCACAAAGCUCUCCACCAAGGAUUACAAACUGUCUCCGGAGGUGUCGGACCAGAUUCUGAAGGUGGUGGCCCGGUCCAGUCGGCUGGAGGAGCUGGUACUGGACAACGCGGGACUCAAGACGGAUUUUGCACAGAAGCUGGCAUAUGCACUGGCCCAUAACUCCAGCUCAGGGCUUCACACCCUCAACCUUGCCAACAACCCCCUAGAGGACAGAGGAAUCGCCUCUCUGGGUGCCCAGUUUGCCAAACUCCGUAAGGGCCUCACGCAUCUCAAUUUCUCCAAGACCUCAAUCACGCCAAAAGGUGUGAACAGCCUUGCCCAGUCGCUCAGUGCCAACCCAUCCAUCCCCAGCACCCUCACCCACCUCAACCUCUCAGGGAAUAUACUGCGGGGAGAUGACCUCACGAAUUUUUACAACUUCCUCGGCCAACCAAACUGCUUGACCACGCUGGACCUUUCCAACACAGACUGUUCCCUUGACCUGGUGUGUGCGGCUCUGCUGAGGGGGUCGGUACAACACCUGUCUGUCCUCAACAUGUCCAAGGGGGUCUUUCCCUACAGGAAAGGAAAGGACAUUCCUCCCGCCUUCAAGCACUUCUUCAGUAGCGCCAUGGUCUUAAGCAGCGUCAACGUGUCCGGAACCAAACUACCACCAGAGGCCUUAAAAGCUCUUCUCCUGGGGUUAGCCAGUAACGUAAACGUUAAAGAGGUUUCAAUAGAUCUUAGCUGCUGCGAGCUGCGCUCGGGAGGCAGUCAGAUCCUGGAAGGCUGCAUCGCCGAAAUCCCCAACAUCUCCAGUCUUGACAUCUCUGACAAUGGACUGGAUGCAGAUAUGGCAACCCUCUUGGUGUGGUUGGCCAAGAACCGGUCCAUUCGUCACCUCUCUCUGGGAAAGAACUUCAACAAUAUCAAAUCAAAAAACCUGGCAGCUGUCUUGGACAACCUGGUCCACAUGAUCCAGGAGGAGGAAUCGCCCCUGACGUCCCUGUCCCUGGCCGACUCCAAGCUGAAGACGGACUUGACCAUCGUGCUGAACGCGCUGGGCAGCAACACGUCUCUCACCCGCCUGGACAUCAGUGGCAAUGGAAUGGGGGACAUGGGGGCCAAGAUGCUGGCCAAGGCCCUGCAGAUCAACAGCAAACUCAGAACCAUCAUCUGGGACAGGAACAACAUCGGCCCACAGGGUCUGCAGGAUGUAGCAGCAGCACUAGAAAAGAACUUCACCAUCCGCUUCAUGCCCAUCCCCAUCAUAGACGCCUCACAGGCCCUCAAAGCCGGCCCAGAGAAGACGGAGGACGCCCUGCUCAAGAUCGAGCAUUACCUGUUCAGAAAUCACGAGACCAGGAAAUACCUUCAAGAGCAAGCUUACAGGCUACAGCAGGGCAUUGUCACAACAACAACACAACAGAUGAUUGAUCAGAUCUGUGUGAAGGUCCAAGACCACUUGAACUCAUUGCGGAGUUCGGAGACAGACUCGAUCACAGAGGACAUCAAGACGGCAGAGAAUCUGCUGAAGGAUGCCAGGAACUCCAAAACGCUUCUGCCCAACCUGUACCAGCUGGGGGCCAUCUCCAGGGAGGAGCUCAACGGGUCGUCAGUGGGGCCCAUCCAGGAGAAGCUGGACUCCAUGGCAGGGGAGGUGGCCCGCGUCAUGGACGAACAGCUACAGAGUCUGCUGGGCUCGAUGGUGGAUGCUGCGGAGGGGCUGUGUCCCCACGUGCUGCAGAAGGCCAGCCUGAGGCAGGACCUGAUGAAGGCCUGCACCGGCAAGAUGGUGGUGCCCCGCAGCUUCGUCAAGAACACCCUGCUGCAGCAGUCAGGCAUCGACAUCAUCAACAAGAUCAGUGAGGUGAAGUUGAGUCUGGCCUCUUUCCUCUCUGACCGUAUAGUGGACGAGAUCCUUGAAGCCCUAUCUGGUUCCCAGCAUACACUCGCAGCGCACUUGUCCAGGAAAGGGCAGCCAUUGACUCGGCAGGGCUCUGUGGAUCUGGACGUGCCCGAGGAGAGGGUCUCCAAACGGGCUGCCAUGGAGCUCCUGGAGGGGGAGAGACUGGAUGACCUGGAGACAUGCAUGAUGACCCCCAAGUCCAAGAGGAAGAGCAUUCACAGCAGGAUGCUGCGGCCAGUAUCGCGUGCAUUCGAGAUGGAGUUUGACCUUGACAAGGCUCUAGAGGACGUGCCGGCCCACGUGGAAGAGCAGGCUACAGCCGCGCCUUCCAAGGCGGACAAGAAGAGCUCGGGGGCGAUGGGAGAACUGCCCUCCGAAGGCAAGAAGCUGCAGCACUUCACCAAGCUCAGGCCCAAGAGGAACAAGAAGACCCACUCCAGCAAAGUUCCCCAGAUCAGCCAAGCACCUCCACAGGAAGGGGAGCAGAACGGCCUGAUGGGAAGAGUGGAUGAGGGAGUGGACGAGUUCUUCUCCAAGAUAGACAGCAAAGUCAACAGCAAGAGGCCUUCCCUGAGGAGUUCCGACUCCCAGGACGGCGAGAAGAAGAAGCGAGGAGGCUUCCUGAACCUCAUCAAGUCCCGCUCCUCCAGAUCAGACAAGAGCGACAAGAGUGACAAAAGCCACUCUGCUUCCGCCGCUGCUGCAGCUGCUGCCUCGUCCUCGGCCUCAUCGUUAGCCUCAGUAGCCUCCACAUCCUCCGCCUCCGCCUCCACGUCCACCCCAGCAUCAGCACCAUCAUCCUCCACCACCCCUCCCGUCAUCCCGGAGGAGCCUGCCUCCUCCCCCUCCCCCAAGGGCUCGGUCCGCAGCCCGGCUCCGGAGCCCCGGGCCCGGGCCGGUACCACCGCCGCCGGCACCGCCACGGAGCGCAGCAGCAGCUCGGACCGCUCGGAGGAGCUGCGGACGCCGGACUCGAUCGACUCGCUGGACUCGGCCGAGGGGAGCCCCCAGAGCGGCCGGCGCUACGGGGUGCAGGUCAUGGGCUCCAACUUCAUGGCCGAGAUGAAGGCCAAGCAGGGCAGGAGGAGCGGCCCAACACAGAAGGGAUCAGACUCCACAACAUCCAGUCUGGAGAGAGCAGAGACCACAGGGGCAGCUAAGGGACAGACUCAAGGUACAGAGAGCAGGCCGUCCACCGGUGGUAAGCCUGAGGGGCCAAGCGGUGGCCCAGAGAAGGCCGCGGUGACCGAGACCAAACCAGAGAAGCCGGAUAAGCCGGACCCCGCCUCCAAACCCAAAGCACCGCCCACCUCCCCAGCACCCUCCAGUCCCAAGCCGGCAGCACCGCAGGGCAGCAAACCAGCACUGGCCGCCCGGCCUGCCAUCCCACAGAAGCCCCGCCCCGCCUGCAGAAGCACUGACGAAGCCCCUGACUCCCCAGGAGCUAGCAACCCUUCCAAAGGACCAGGACCAGGGCUGCACUCCCUCAAGAGGGUGCCUUCUCUCAAAGAGGGCACCACCCUGGCAAACAGGCGCUCCCCUCAAGACGUGGAGCAUGAUCCAGCAGACGCUGCUAGCGUUCCUGAGCUAGGCAAGCAGCCCCCCAAGCCAGCUACGGUGCCCCGGGCCCGCCCACUGCACCGGACCUCCAGUGGCGCAGCUGAGGAGCAGAGCCAGCCUCUUGCAUGCAGGAUAUCCCGAACAUGGCCGGUAAAACAGGGCUCCACCUCCGACUCCCCCCAGAGCUCCAGCCCCGGCCGACUGGCCUCCAGGGAGAACGGCACCAAGCCCAAGGACCGCUCGCCCACCUCGGACCGGGACAAGGAGAAGGACAAGGACAAAGAGAGGAGCAAGGGGGAGGACGGGGCCAACAAAGACUUUGUAUUUAUCUGAGACGUGCGAGCAGAGACACUGGACUGUCCCCACUGUGGUCCCCCACUUCCUCCUUUCUUUCUUUCUUCCUCCCUUCCUACGACUUCCUUCCUCCUUCCCCUCCCCACAGAAGCCAUCAGGAUACUAAACGCUAUGAGACUGUUAGAGAAGCUGCCUUGCCUUCCAACCUCUACUGUAGCAAAAAAAAACAACAACCCUCCCUCAGGUUUCCUUCUAUUGCAUCGGCCAUUUCUGAGGGAGAGAAAGAGACAGCGAGAGCUGAUCUAGGAUCUAUUUAAACCAUUUAAUGUCAUAAAUGAUGUUUGCAUUAAAGAGCAGGGAGUUCCUGAGUACAGGUCAGCAUCCUAAGAUGUUUUUCGUGUAGUGUUGGGAGGGAGGCGUGAUGAGGUGUGUGCAUGUUUAUUUACUGGUGCUGUGUGAAUGUGAAGGAGCAGGACCAGGCUGAUCUUUCUCUGCAGGGCCAACUACUUUUCUUGGUUUUGUUUUGGUUUGUUUUUUUUAUCCAGUUUGUCACUACACCUUGCACUUAUCUGGCUCAGUUUGCUGGGGGCUGAUUUGAAUAUUAGGUGUCCGUUCUAUAUAAAGGUGUUCAGUAUUGUUUUUCAGGCCUUAAUCUGAAGUUGCUGAGGAGAAUAAAAUAAACUGUUGAGGACUGGAUGCAACUAGGGUUAUCUGCCACUCAAACGUUAAACUACACGCAUCUGCAGUGGACCAGCUGCAGCUCACCUCUACUUCCUUACCGCACUGCAACAUGGCAAAAGGGCUCGCCAGCACUGUGAUCAUAAGUAAUGAGCAAGGUGUUUGUUUGUUGCACCACUGUAUUAAAAUAAUAAGAAGAAAAUAACUCUAGAAUUCAACCCUUACCACCACAACCAGCAGCUCUAUCGCCCCCUUGUGUUCACUGGAGACAACAUGGCAGCUGUUCUACACAGCGUGUUGUGGCUGGUUCGCACAGCCCCAUUGCACUGACAUGGGAGUCGCCUGGUCGUUGUCAUUCACGAGUCAGUACUGUGAUGCACCUUUUACCAUUCAUGGCAGAGAAAAGAAAUCAGAAUACAGGCUAUGUCUCACAAAUGUGCACACACACUUUUUUCUUCCUUGGCCGGCCGGUCCUCUAUUUUUCUAGUAUAUUGCUCAGCAAAAAUAUCUCCUUGUGUCCCACUUGAUCGCGCACACACACACACACACACACACAGUCCCAGUUUGCAAUUAUUCUCAGCUGCAGUGGGCAUGGCCAGCCUUCACUUGGCCAAUGGCCAACGUUGAAGCAGCCAGCCAGCCACUGGGUAGCUUCCCAUUGUGUCUUAUGAGAGAAGUGGCCAUCUUUGUUUAUAUUUCUUACAGGCAAAGCAUCAUGCUCUCAUGAGACCUCUGCCCUCAUCUACCGUACCCAUUCCUCGUUUUCCACUGACAGUUUGUGACAUGCAUGUACCUGUAAGGUUUAUGUGUAUAUAUGUGCAUCUCUGUCUGUAUAUGUAUGUGAAAUGUACAGUUCCUUGGUUUAAAAAAUAAUAAUAAUGAUGAUAACAAUAAUGUAAUAUAUGCACACUUGUGCGUGUGUGAGAGAGUGUGUGAACAAAGUUCUAUAUUAAUAUAGUACUAAGCACACUUGUCAAGGCGGCUUCAAAUUUGUUAUUCAAACUGUUGGUGUGUUUUUUGUUUUUUUUUACCUAUGGCGAUAUUGUUUCCCUCCUUUCAUUGUGCAUUGUAUUAAUAUGAUGUAAAACGUUUCAUUUUAUUUUCUUUUUCUUUUCUUUUGCGCUCUAAGCACAAUGAUCACAAUGAUUAUGGCUUUCAUUCGGGGGCCAGGGAAAAAAAUAUGAGGCGAUUGGUGAAUCUGAACUUUUAUUGUUAUGAAAAUAACUUGAAUGGUAGGCUACUUAACGGAGGUAACCGCAGUUUGUUUGUUUGUUUGUUUGUUGCUUUUGUCCUGCUGGUUCUGGUCAUGGCUCCCUCCCUCCAUCCAUAAAUGCAUUCUAGAUGGUCAACAUCUACUUUUUGUGUAUAUUUAUAACAAUUAAAAUUCUUUUACA